ACAAUUCACAGUCGCACCAAAUAAACAUGGCCGCCUCCCCGCCGUCAGACGUGUGUGUGAAAAACACGGAUGAAGAAAUGAAUUCUGCAACAGAAACAGACCAGUGCUCGGCCACUGAGGUUGGGGUUGAGCCCGAAAAGAAAGACUUACACAAACCUGAACCAGAAACAGAAGACACUUUUAAGAAACCGGCUCUUUUCGCGGCACCUUCCCUCACCAGCAAACGCAGUAGCGUCGCUGCUCCGUCCAAAGCAACAGCAGCCGAAACAAAAACUGUGACAGAAAAUAACAACGCCGAGGUUGUAGACACUACUAAAGAGGACUCUUCUGGUCCUGUGAAUGAAAACAACACCGAGAAAGGCCAAGAAGAGGACAAAAACGUCGUGAAAGAUAAGAAUGUGGCUCCCGUCAAAACCAAGCCAGAAGCUAAACCCAGGGUGCUCCCUCCUAAAGUGCCCCCGGCUGGUAAAUUCCCCCCUGUCCCAUAUACAGAACCGCCCUGGGGGGGCAUAGCUCCAGAUACCCCGUAUGCUUUGGAAAUCCUUAAAAACGGCACCAUAGUGGACACGGUACCCCUCACACAGAGAAGUUACUUCGUGGUCGGACGUUUACCUGUGUGUGACGUCCCUCUGGAGCACCCCUCCAUCUCCAGGUACCAUGCGGUGAUCCAGUACCGCAGAGAGGCUGGAGAGGGGGAGUCUGUGGGGGAGGAGAGGGGGUUUUACAUCCAUGACCUGGGCAGCACACACGGCACUGUGGUGAACAAGAACAAGAUCCCCCCGAAGACCUACAUCAGACUGCGUGUGGGGCAUGUCUUAAAGUUUGGUGGGAGCACGAGGCUUUUUAUCCUGCAGGGUCCAGAGUUUGAUGAGGAAGAGGAGUCUGAGCUAACAGUGACAGAGCUGAGGGAGCGAGCCCGCAAACAGAAGGAAAAGCUGGAAAAGAGGAUGAUGGGAGACGGUUCUGAUGAUGAUGAUGAUGAUGAUAUGGAGGAGGAGAAGGAGGAAGGCGGGGAAGGCGAAAGCAACAAGGGCCGGAGCAAACAGUCAAAAGAAGACUCGGGCUGUUCGUGGGGAAUAGCCGAGGAGGCUGUUCCAGAGGAAGACGAGAACGAGGAAAACCCUUUUUCAACAGAGUUCCACGAGGACCAGGAAGCUGCCUACCUGAAAGACCCAAAGAAGGCUUUGCAGGGCUUCUAUGACAGGGAAGGAGAGGAGCUGGAGUUUGAGUAUGAAGACAAAAGCCAUGGCAGCUGGCUCUGCAGAAUAAAGCUUCCGGUGGAUGAUGCCGUGGGCCGGCAGCUGGUUGCUGAGGUGACCCACACAGGGAAGAAGAAAGAAGCGGCCAUCCAGUGCUGCCUGGAGGCUUGUCGAAUGCUGGAAGCCAGAGGGUUGCUGCGCCAGGAAGCAGUGUCCCGUAAGCGCAAGAAGAAGAACUGGGAAGAUGAGGACUACUACGACAGUGAUGAUGACACCUUCCUGGAUCGGACCGGCACUGUGGAGAAGAAGAGGCAGGAGAGAAUGAAAAAGGCGGGAAAGAUUGAGGAGCGGCCUGAGACCUAUGAAUCACUGGUGGCCAAACUGUCAGAGGUGGAGAAGGAGCUGGCAGAGACUCAGAAAAAGCUCAGUGCUGAUAGAGGAGACUCCUCCGGCUCUUCCACCGAGGACCCGCUGGACGCCUUUAUGACCGCAGUGCGGAAAGAGGCAGCGAUGGACGCCGUGGAGCGCAGGAAGCUCCACGUGCAUGUGGCCGACUUGCGCAAAGACGCUCAGAGGCUCCGCAAGCUGGUGGAACUCACGCGGCCCGCCCAGAUGCCUUCACUGCUGCCCGGUGGAAGCUCAGAGGCAGAGAAGCCUAAAAAGACUUUACCGCUGUUUGGAGCCAUGAAGGGAGGAAGCAAAUUCAGACUGAAGACGGGCACCAUUGGGAAGUUGCCUCCGAAGCGGCCCAACUUGCCCGCAGAGCUCUUCAACAUGAAAGCACUUUCACCCAGCGGAGAAGAGGAGGAAGAGGAAGAGGAGGAGGCAGCAGCAGAGAGUAAUGAGGCUAACGAUGAUAGAGAGUGUGCAGCUAUCACAGAGAUGAAUGUUGACUCUGAGGAGUCCGGGGCAUCCACGUCUGGAGAGAGCACUUCCUCAGGGCAGCAAAGACGACAACCAGCACAGUCCCGAGAGCCCAAAGAGCAAAGCCCCAAACAGAGGAGAGUGGAUGAGUCUGCUGAAGCAGAGGAGCAGGUUCCUCAGCGCAGCAGCAACCGCACGGCCGUGGCCCCCUCAUCCAGUCCAGAGUCCAAAGCAGAAGGCGACAGAGAGCCAGCAGCAGAGCCCAGCCCCAGAAAGAAUGUGAAGAAGAAAGUGAUGGGCCCCAGCAGGCCACCAGUGCAGCUCUCAGGACAGUAUCCAGAGGACGACCCUGAUUACUGUGUCUGGAUGCCUCCUACAGGUCAGACCGGAGAUGGCCGCACAGCCCUAAACGACAAGUACGGCUACUGAGUUCUCCACUCCGCCAGCUUUUAUGCUGCAGAUAAUACCUGCAACACAAAGCCUCCCCAGCUCCGACCAUUAACCCCCUGCACCCACCCCAGGCCCUGUGUGUGUCUGUGUGUGUGUGUUAAAAGAGCCUGUAACAGAGCAGGCAGAGAUAAUAAUGCUGCACCUCUUUAUUUAUCUGUUGGGGAUAUUUCAUUCUCACACUGUCAUAAACAAAAAGCACACUGGUCCAAUUCACAUUAAACUGGCAAGCUUGGGGAAUUGCCCCCCCCACCCACUCAGAGCAGACACUGGGCAGUCAGCCCGCUGGCACUUCUCACCCAGGACUAUAAUAGAGAUGGGUAGCACUUUUUUUCCCUUUAAAUUCUAUAUCAUCCAAGCAGGAAAUAGAAAGGGACCAAGCAGGAGCGGUAACUGAUCUGAAUUCAGCUUUUUGGUCUUUGGUUGCUCCCCCUUGCAGUUAAUUCCACCUGACAUCCAAUCUGCAUCCCUCCCCUAUUUGGCGGCAGUCGAUCGCUGGCAUAACCUUUUUUUUCUCCAAAGGAGAGUGUGUAGCAAGAAGGGAGAAAGAGGGAGAGCAUUGAAGCAGCUUUUCUGACCAUCUGGAUACUUGGAUGGCUUACUGGAUGAAACGCAAGCUGAUAAUGACUCAAGCUAAGUGGAGUGUGUGUGUCUGUGACUACACCGACUCUCUCUCUCUCUCACUCUCUCUCACACACACACACACACAGCCCAACCUUCUCAAAGUUCUCUUUUUAACAAGAUUGUCUUUAUGAGCGAGUCAGCUAUCGGUGUGUGUUUGCCUGGAGCAGGAUUCCUCGCUCUGUGAAAUCCCACUCAGUGCUGUUCUGUUGGUUUACUGCCACACUUUCCACCCUCUUUCCUGUCGUCUUUUCUCAAAACACAAAGUAAAGAAUUUGUAAACUGUAUUUUGUUACAUAAAUGUAUAAUAAAAUUGUCUGUACAUAA